AGGCCUCAACUGAGAACAAAUUUUAUGGGGCGGGGGACGGGAAGCCUCCGUAAAUCUUAGGCGAGCCCCUCGUCUCCUUCCUUCUUUGUUUUCAACCGUGCCGUGGUCUCGCUCUUAUAAAAGCGAUGGCCACACGACAGGCAGUGAAAUGUCCUGUGCUUCAGCCACAGCCACGUCUCUCCUUCCCUGAAGAGCCACCGGACCCUCAAGAAGAAGACUGACUAUCUUUAGGGGAAACGGAGGCAGAAAGGAUGUGGCUACCUAUGUUUUCCUUAAUUCUGGUUUGUGGACAUUCAGCCUUUUAAGCCCUUGCCCCAAAAUACAGCGCCUCUACUGCGGCUCCUGGCGAAGUGCAACUGCUUUCCUGGUGGAAGGCUGGGGCGGGGUUUGGCUGGGCAGGUCCAGGAUGCGAGAUCCUGGAGGAAAGAAAAGGUAUAGUGUUUGGGGCGGUCAGCGGGUUAGGCUGGCUUGGCAGGGCUGAGCUCUUCGUAACAGGUAAUACCCAGGGGGGCCCGUUCGUCUGAACCAGAAAGAUAAGACCGGAGGCGAGAUCUCGGGAUAACAGGAUGGACCUUGAAACCCCAGACCUGUUGGACGUGUGGCUGGAACCCCCAGAAGAUGUCUUCUCAACAGGAUCCUUCCUGGAGCUGGGACUCCACUGUCCCCCUCCAGAUGUCCCAGGGACUAAGCCACAAGAACAGGGGCUGCAAGGCUGGGAGUCUAGCGGGGACCAUGGCUGUGGCCUCCAAGAGAGUGAACCUGAAGAUUUCCUGAAGCUUUUCAUUGAUCCCAAUGAGGUGUACUGCUCAGAAGCAUCUCCUGGCAGUGACAGUGGCAUCUCCGAGGAUCCUGGCCGUUCAGACAGUCCCCCUGCCCCCAGGGUCCCCAGUUCCCCUGCCCUCUAUGAGGUUGUUUAUGAGACAGGGGCCCUGGAGAACAUGCAGGAGGAAGCUGGGCCAGCUGUAGGGUUCAUCUCCAUCCAGCUAGGUCACUGGCACCCCCCAUUUAUGGUGCCUGAUGCCUGCAUGGUCAGCGAGCUGCCUCUUGAUACUCAGGCCCACAUUCUGCCUGGAGCUGGCACCGUAGCCCCAGUGCCUCCCGCAUCCCUGCUGCCAUGUCAAACCUUGUUCCUGACAGAUGAGGAGAAGAGUCUACUGGGGCAAGAAGGGGUCUCUCUCCCCUCGCACCUGCCCCUCACCAAGGCAGAGGAGAGGGUCCUCAAGAAAGUUAGGAGGAAAAUCCGGAACAAGCAGUCAGCUCAGGACAGUCGACGGCGGAAGAAAGAGUACAUCGAUGGACUAGAGAACAGGGUGGCUGCCUGUUCUGCACAGAACCAGGAACUUCAGAAAAAAGUUCAGGAGCUGGAGAGGCACAACAUCUCCCUGCUAGCUCAGCUCCGCCAGCUGCAGACUCUCAUUGCUCAAACCUCCAACAAAGCUGCUCAGACCAGCACUUGUGUUUUGAUCCUUCUUUUCUCCCUGGCUCUCAUCAUCCUGCCCAGCCUCAGCCCCUUUCAGCGUCUACCGGAAGAUGGGCCUGAGGAUUACCAGCCUCAUGGAGUGAUUUCCAGAACUAUCCUGACCCACAAGGACAUGCCUGAAAAUAUGGAGACCCCAAUGCUAGAGUCCCGACUAGGGAGGCCACCUGGGGCCAUAGUCGCAAAUGGUUCAACAAGGAAACUGCUUGAGAAGAUGAGAGAGAAGACAGGCCCCAGUGGGCACAUCAGAACUGUGCUGCAUGCAGAUGAGAUGUGAGCUGGAGCAGGAACCACCCACCUUCUGCCUUCCUGGCGCACUCCCCAAUCACAAUAAGGACUCCAGAGCUCCCCUAUGACUCUGCCUUCCCCCUAGGAUUCCCACUCAGUAGCAUCUGCCCCUAGGGGUCCGAAUCACUUUAAGACAUCCUACAUAUCUUUACCUUGAGGCUCAGUCUGCCUAUGUGAGGGAGCAUCUCAAAUACUACUGUUCUAUAUCUGUGAUGUUAUUUCUUCUUUGGGGAGAGGGUUGAGGGGAAACAAGUUUUGGUUGAGAAAUAAACUUUUUAGCUGAAAUUAUA